AUGCGGAGGGUGCGGGAGGGAGAGCCCCGGGGCGGGCGGGCAGCGAGCGGUGCGGGCCCGGCCCCGACGGGGGGGACGGCGCGGCUCCGGCUGUGCGUGUGCGACGCUCACACCGCGACAGGCGGCGGUGGGAAGCGGCCCAGGGCCGCGCUGCCGGUGCCGGGCUGGCGAGCCCGGCCCCGAGCGACGCCGCCGCCCCCGCGCCGGUCCAAAAAUCCCCUGCGCGUCCGCGGGGGGGUGGGCAGCCCUGCAGCCACAGAGGGAGGGAGGGGCAGGCAGGGAGGAGAACACGGCCUGAAAAGCGGGGUGCGGGCAGGGAAAGCCGGGGCUCGGCUGUCCCGGCGGCUUUUGGCAGAGCUUUGCGGCGGGAAUGCGCCGGGACCACCGGGAUUUGAGGGCGGCAUCUCCCGAGCGCAAAGCCGGGCCGGGCGGGCUCCGGGAGCUCUGACGCUGCUCCUCUCUCCAUCCCCCCGGGCAGAGAUCCCCCAGUGCGCCGGCUGCAACCAGCACAUCCUGGACAAGUUCAUCCUCAAGGUCCUGGACCGCCACUGGCACAGCUCCUGCCUCAAGUGCGCCGACUGCCAGAUGCAGCUGGCCGAGCGCUGCUUCUCCCGCGCCGGCAGCGUCUACUGCAAGGAGGAUUUCUUCAAGCGCUUCGGCACCAAAUGCACGGCGUGCCAGCAGGGCAUCCCCCCGACCCAGGUGGUCCGCAAAGCCCAGGACUUCGUGUACCACCUGCACUGCUUCGCCUGCAUCAUCUGCAGCCGGCAGCUGGCCACGGGCGACGAGUUCUACCUGAUGGAGGACGGGCGGCUGGUGUGCAAGGAGGACUACGAGACUGCCAAGCAGAACGAUGACUCCGAGGCGGGCGCCAAGCGGCCCCGGACCACGAUCACGGCCAAGCAGCUGGAAACGCUGAAGAACGCCUACAAAAACUCGCCCAAGCCCGCCCGCCACGUGCGGGAGCAGCUCUCCUCCGAGACCGGGCUGGACAUGAGGGUCGUGCAGGUGUGGUUCCAGAACCGGCGGGCCAAGGAGAAGCGGCUGAAGAAGGACGCGGGGCGGCAUCGCUGGGGGCAGUUCUACAAGAGCGUGAAGCGGAGCCGCGGCGGAGGGAAGCUGGAGAAGGAGAGCUCGGCCGAGGAGUGCGGCGUCAGCGACAGCGAGCUCAGCUUCCGCGAAGACCAGAUCCUCUCCGAGCUCGGCCACAACAACAGGGUUUACGGCUCCGUGGGCGACGCGGCGGGCGGACAGUUGCUGAACGGCGGCUUCUCCAUGGAGGGCGCGGGGCAGACGUACCAGGACUUGCGGGACGGCAGCCCCUACGGCCUCCCGCAGUCGCCGUCCUCCAUCUCGUCCCUGCCGGCCCACCCGCCCUUGCUCAACGGGCUGGACUACGCCGUGGACGGCGGCCUGGGGCUGGCGGCGCACGGGGCGCAGGGGGUGAGUCAGACGCUGCGGGCCAUGGCCGGGGGGGGCCCCACCUCCGACAUCUCCACGGGCAGCAGCGUCGGGUACCCAGACUUUCCCACCAGCCCGGCCUCCUGGCUGGACGACAUGGAUCACCCCCCGUUCUAAGCGCUGCUCGCCCCCGCCCCGGCCCCCGCGCUCCCCCCGCAGCACUGAGGGCACCCGCCGGCGCUGACCUUCGCAGGAGAUCCCAUGGGAGCGGCCCUGCAGGGCUGGAGGGAGGGGGACGGCACUGGCGAAGGCGGGGGGCUGUGGAUGCCUUUGGCUGUAAGCACAAGAGAGGGGACCCGGCGUGGCGGGGCCGGCGGGAGGGAAGGAAGAGCGACCGGGGGUGGCAGAGCCCAUCCCGGCCCCCGCGCCUGCCCCGCGGCCCUGCCCAGCGCCGCUGCUGUUCUCAAGAGUUAUUUUUCGAUACGGGGUUGAAACGCAGCUCGGCGCUGCCCGGAGCCUCCGCGGAAAGAGAAGUCUAUAUUGUAGAAGGGUUUAUUUUGCCGGGGCCAUCGCCCCGCUGCCCAGGGGCGAUCCUGCCUGCUCCUGGCCUAGCCUAGGCUGUGAUUUAUCCCUGGGCACGCUGCUUUGUACCAGGGUCACGCGAGGGGAAGGAAUGAAAACAAUGCCUCCAGCCCGGGGUGCCCCUGGCCGAGCUGUGCCGUGGCAGGGCCAGCCGGGAUGCCCGGGGCUGGCACCUGCACAGCAGCCACUGGAGGGGGGCGUGGGAGACGUGAGCAACCUUUGAUCUGAGGGCGUUGCAAAAAUGUUCCUCCCAAACAGGGGAAAGGGAAUUUCGUCAGCUGCAGGAGCACCUGCGUGGUGGGAAGGGGAGGCAGUUGGGCUGUGAGAUGCUCCCGGUGUGGGUCACCCUCCUCCUGUAGUGCCGUGGGUGGGAUGGCACUGAAGGGUGAGUGCGGGCAGCCAGGAAGGAUCCCGGCGGCUCUGGCACAUCCCGCAAGCCCCAUGGGGUCUGCUCCUGGCCAGGCUCACUCAGCACCAGCCCUUGCUCAAACCCACAUGCCCAUCUCCCCCGGCACAGCCACAGCCCCUACCCUCAGCCACUCAGCCCCAAGGAUAAGAUCCUCUCCACGCUCUGUGCCCAGGGUGCCCAGCUCUGCCCAGCCCCACAGGGAUGCCCUGGCCAUGGGGUCCCUGCCCCCAUCUCUGUCUCUGGGGUGAAGCUGAUGAUCCCAGGCUGCCCUUCAGGGAGGGCUGGGGGUGGAUCCAGUUAGUCGGCUCCUUCCAGAGGUGUGGAGUCUCCAGAAGCAGAGGGGAAAAAAAGAAUUUAAAAAAAAAAAAAAAAAAAGAAAAGCCACAUGAGAAAGCACAUCACUGGUCUGUCCUUGUCCUUCCUUGCCCUCCCCCAGCUGGGUGCCUUGGUGCUGCAGGAGCUGCCCCGGCUGCAUCCACGUGCCUCCCCCUCCCCAGCCUUGGGUGCUGCUUCGUGCCAAGCUCCCGGCCUUGCCGGCCCUGGUGGAGAGGGGGACGGGGCAGAGCUGUGCCUGCUGCUCCCGUCCCCCUGCAACAAGGCCAAAUGCCUCCUCCCCUCGCUGUGUAAAUUUUGUACAGUUCCAGAAAGUGAGUCUUGUUUCCUGGGGGAAUCAAAAGGAAAAAAAAAAUAAAAUCCAAUGAAAAGAAUAAUAAUAAUAAAAAAUUUUAAAGAAUAAAACCUUAUUUAUUGCCAUGUCUCGGGGGAGAAAUUAUCCCCCCAAACUGCCCCCGGAUUCGGGUCCAGGGCGUUGCUUUUGUACCCUGCCUCUAGUGUGUUGGCAUGAGAUGUGUACAGUCACCCUCUCGCCGGGAGGGAAAGCGAUGGCAAAUAAACUCGGGAUG